GGGUGACAAGAUGACGCCAUGAGAAAACUCUCACGCAUCAUACAUUUACACUCAUGUUAGGAAAUUUUGGGAGGGAAGGGGAGGGGAGGAGAGGUUUGAGUCAAAGUGAUUUUGUGGAGCCAUAUUUAAACCUUUCUAAUUUGUGACGUAGUUCAAGAAGACGUUUGGGAAUACUAUUUAAACCCCUUUUGUCAAGAAGCGAGAUCUAUCUUCCCGUCAAAUACCCUUCGAUUAGUAGAUUCUCACAAUGCAACCCUCGAGCCCAACUAUCUCCCGGACCUCGUCUGUUAACAGCGGCAUCAGUAAGUUUCAAGACCUCAUCGGAAAGUCACCAAGCCGACCGAUUCUGACUAUCUCUCAAGCUUCCGGAAAGUCUGAUUUACCGUCCUCGCCAGAUGAGCUCUUGCAAAGGCUCUAUCGGUUCGACUCCAAUGGCCCACCGUUCCCGCCGUCAGACACUCUUUCUAGCCAGGGCGAGGCGUAUCUGGACCACAGUAUGAUCACGUUCGAACGUGAUUAUGAAUCCUAUCUGAAUCUUCCCAGCUCCAACGCACAAAACCACUCGACGUUUGAAAGAUACGAUUGCACCUUUUGUGGCUACCUCAGCGCAACACCGAAGUGCCCGAAGUGCCCGAGCACAUCUGAAUCCUAAAUUUCGAAACGGGGUUUCAUUUCAGCUUGAGGUCUUCAUGAAAAUGACUCUUUCAAUGUCGAAAUACCGGAAGAGUUCCAGAGUAUCAAGCGUACAUGUUCGUCUCGGUUAAGUGAUCUAGAAUGACCUGUGAAACUGGAAGGGAAGAGAAAGCGAGUGGAAAUUGUUUAGUAGAUGUGAUAAGAUAGAUAGAUUUUUAUGAUGCAGAGAUGACCGGUUUAUCC